AAGUUAAAUGCUCACAUUUAUUGUUUUAAAGGGAUUACACACACACUUCCAAGCCCCGAAGCAGCGCUUGCUGCUAUAAUAAAAGUUCGUUCAAAAAAAAAAAUCUUCAGGGCACAAGCAGGCCUCUUUGCUGCUGGUACGCAGACGCGGCUAUCCAAAGAGCACUGACAGCACAAUGGCCCAGCGCCCCUCAGUGGCCUCCACCCGGAGCGCCCAGGCGGCCGCACACGCGCGCGCACCUCCCUGGACCCGGGGCAAGCGGCCUUUGUACCCAGGACCCAAACGGAGACCCCGUUCCAAGCGCCCAUCUCCCCCGAGUCAGCCGUUCCAGGAGCGGGACCGCGCUGGGAAGAAGCCCUGUUUUCUCCCGCGUCCCAGGCGUCGCGUCGCAGGAAAAGUGGCAGAGCCAGAGACCGGCGUGCGCGCACCCUCGACACAGGGCCAGCCGUUUGCUACAGCCUCCUCCGCGGAGCGCUCACCACGCGCCAAGCGCUUCUCGCUCGCUCCCACGGCAACAGCGCGCGCGUCCCGCACGCCCUCGGUGCGGAGCGCGGUCACUUUGGCACCGCCUUCCCGGGACCAGCGACAGAGGAAGCCGCGCGCCCGGGGCCUCUCGCGCGGGGCUGGCGACCAGGUCCCAGCUCCAGCGGCGCUUGGCCGGGCCCCGCCGGGCGAGUGCGGUCCCCGGCGCUGGGGCUCCAAGCCCUCCCGCCCCGCGCCCUCGCUGCGCCGACCGCCCCUACCUCGCGCCCUUUGUCCUCCGCCGCCACGGCCCCGCCGCCGAGCGCCCGCCGCCGUCGGAGACCGGCCUGACCUGCGGGCUGCGCUCCCAGAGGCUGCGCCGCUGCCCGGCCCGAGCGCGGGGCGCUCAGCAAAGCCCGGAUCUCCGGAGCCGCGGCCGGCGCCGAGGACUCGACCCCUGACACCGGCCACCCCCUGGAGUCCACUUCUCCGGGUCUUCCGGACCACCGCUGGAGGAGGCCAAGAGCAAAAGACGGGCACCUGUGUGUUCAGGAACGUCUCGCUACGCCUUCCAAGGACCCCCAGCAAGACCCGGGAUCCGGGGAGAAGGGGACGGCUCUGGAAGCUGCGCGCUCAGCCGGGGCCAGGGCAAGGGAGGGCAUCGCCUGGCCAGCGCGGCGCACUCGGGGCUCGGUGAGCGCUGCCGGAGGGGUCUCUCCGGACUCCCAGUCUCCUUGGCGCCACGAUGAGCCGGUGCGCCCACCGCAGCCUGCUUCAGGCAAUAGCCUGAGAAACAAACAUAGGGGCGUUCAGCCUAGAAAUUAAGACGCCCGCGCCCCAUCAGUGCCUGGGUUGCAGACCCCGCUCAGCAUUCGUUUCAGCUUCCUGCUGAUGCGCACCCUGGGAGGCAGCCGGGAUGCGCCAGGGCCUUGGUCCCUGCCACCCACGGGGGUAUGGGGGGUGGGCAGGAGGGAGCUCCUUAUGCCCACUUUAUGUGUGGCCCAGCCCUAGCCAUUGUCAGCAUUUGGGAAGUGAACUUGUCUGUGGUUGUCUGUUUCUCUGCCAAGUCAGAAAACAAAUUAAACAUUUCUUUAAAGAGGGAAAGAGCACAAUACCCCUCCCCCCACACACACUGGAAGACGCGCUCUCAGAUUUUAACAGCUUAUAUUUUAACAAGCAAACAAAAUCUUACAGAACAGGGAUCAGCAAUCUUCCUCAUUUAGGGUGAGAGGUAAAUAUUUUAGAACUUGUCUACCAAAAGGCAAAAUUAAAACUAAGUAUUUCUAUAACCACUUUUUAAGAAAUACUUUUAUUUACCUGAAAGGCAGAGUUAGAGAUGGAUAGUCCAGUCUGCUGGUUCAUUCCCCAAGUGGGCUGGGCCUGGUCAAAGCCAGGAGCCUGGAACUCCCUCAGGGUCUCCCAUGUGGGUGCAGGGGCUCAAGCACUUGGGUCAUCUUCUGCUUCUCCAGGUGCACUAGCAAGAGAGCCGAUGGGAAAUGGAGCAGCCGGGGCUCCUAUGGGAUGCUGGUGUCACAGGCAGCAAUUUAACUCACUAUGCACAAUGCCGGCCCCUUAAUCCUAUUUUUUAAGCUCUAUAAUGAGUUUUUAAAAUGCAUGAACUGCUACCAACUAAGAAUUAAUUAGAAAAGAAAUGAGAUUCCAUGAAAAGGUGGUUUAUGAUUUGCUUGCUCAGCGAAUCACCUCCCACUGCUGGUUCAUCUACUUGAACAGCAACACAGAAUUACAAGUGAUUUGUUUGUCCUGCAACUGAACCAGACUCUGUCGCUCCCCCUCUUCAUGGAGGAACGACACAGGACCCUGUGCUGUUCUUUUGUCUGCUCGGCCCUUCCCGGGUUUGCUGCUGGUUCUUCCUGGGUUGGCUACCAUCCCUCCACCUCUGUGGAGGGGCGGUGUCCCCUGCCACUUUCCCCACUUCCGCAGGGGAGCGGCACACCGCCGGCCGGCUCUCUCGGGGGCUGCUCGGAUGUUCCUCAGGUGUUCCUUCAGAUAGAUGUUCCCCUUAGAUGUUCCUGGUGCAUGCUGUCUCUCUCCUCCUUUAUAGUCCUCUUCACCAAUCCCAACUCUGCUACCCACACGCCGAGUACGCUGCUCUCCUCCAAUCAGGAGCAGGUCCUACAGUUUAUUGGUUGAACUGGAGGCAGCUGUGUAGAAGCUAUUUCUCCCUUCUCAGCACCAUAUUGUGGGAGAGCAGAUGCAUAGAAUAAGUCUUAAUUCCAGUAACUUAGUCUAGUCCGAGUUGCUCCCAGUUGCUCCCCACAAGACUCCUCUUAUGUCUUUAUUGAACUUGAACCAAAACUUGAAAAAAUCAUUUCAAGAUACAUUCUGCAAUGCGCUGAAUCAAACUAGGUUAAAAAUGUGGACAAGAAUGGGGCCACCAGAGAACACCCUGGUGGCCAAUGUGAAUCUUACAAAGCAGAGCAGCUGUCAGUCUCCCAGCCAGUCCAGUACUGGCCUUCUCCAAGCAGCCUGGGGGUCAGCAAGGCAGUUACUCAGGGCUCUGGGUACCUGUGUGCCUUUGCCCAGUGUUAUUCUGAAGAAUCACACACACACACACACACACACACACACACACUUCUCAAAUAUUUCUCUCCCUGAAACUUCCCCCUUGCACCCACAUCUUUGUUUCCCAGCGAUCGACUCUCCUCACACUUUUUCUACAUUUUCACCCACCCCACUCAGAUCCACAUUCAUUCUCUGAAUAUUUGCAUAUCUUCUCAGACACACAAGUGCCAGUACAAUCUCCUUCCAUUUCCUGCCUGUGGACAAACAGCUAUUCAAAGGCCAAUUAAAACCCCAGGGUGCAGAGCCGGAGGAAGCCCACGCGCGUUUGUGUGUGUGUGUGAGUGCCCCAGGCCGCUGAGAACUCUGUGUUCUGCGUAUUCUGCUUGUUUCUACACGAGGGGAGAUUCUGCUAGGCUGGAGGACCCUUCAAGUGUAUUCUCAGAAUCACCGUCUAAAACCAGGGUCCCAGCUAUGGUGCUUCCUGUCGCUUCCUGUGGGGACAUGCCUCUCUCCGCACAGGGAAGUGCUUAAACCAUCCAAACGCACGACUGGACUCAGGCAGGUGAAUUAGCUUGCUGAGCCCAGGAGGCUUAAACACCAGAAAGGUGUAGUCUCCCAGCUCUGUCUACUCCUGGCAGCCCUGCCCCAACCAUCUGAGGAUCAAGGAGGGAUGGGCCCGGGCCUCUGUCCUUGGCUCGGUGGCUGAGCAUCUUUGCACGUGGUCUCUCCUCUUCGAACAUCUGUAACCAAAUUCCCUCUCCUUGCAAGGACACCGGAUCAUGGCCCACCCUAAUGGGCUCACUUUCAAUCAGUGAUUUCUGCAAACACCCACUCUCCCGGUAAGGUCGCACUUGGAAGUCCUGGUUGGAGCUGUGAUGUACGCAUCUCGGUAGGCGUGCGCUGGCAAGGGUUUGUCUUGUUCCUGAGCAUGGGGUAGGGCAGGAGAUACUGCACUCCACCGUGAGCAGUAGUACGUGUGAGGCCCCUAGGUGGCAGAUAGUCAUUUGGAGCCUUUAAAUUCGUACCCAACCACCUCCACCUACUCCUACCCCACCCCACCCCUUCUCCGUCUUCCCCAGAAUGUUGGCACCCGAAGUUCAAAGGCUGUGUUGCACGGAGGCCCCGAGGUGAAACUGCUCCGCCCCGUGGAGCAUCACAGGCCUUGGCCGGUGGCGACAGCAGCGCUUGUCUUCCUGGGUGACGUCAAAGAUCGGAUAAAACAGGGAAGGAGUCCCAGGAACAGAGCGAAUGUGGUGCAAAUGAUACGGUUCGUGGGGCACGCAUGAGAGACGAACAUUUAAAUAGGACAUGUUUAGCAAUAAGUAAGACACUGUCAAACUAAAUGAAGAAGUCCAGUAAAACAGAAAGUUUUCAUUCAGCUCUGUUGGGACUUUCUUUAAAAAUCUGCUUGCAGGGCUGGUGUCACCACCUGGCCACCUGCCUCGCACAGCCCAGUAUCUGUGCCCGAGUGUCAGCUCUGCUCGGAUUCCAGCUACCUCCUAAUGUGCACCCUGGGAGGCAGCCAGUGACCAGUCAAGUGCUCGGGGCCGCGCCACCCAGGUUGAGUUCCGAGCUCCUGACUUCAGCCAGGUUCCACGCGGGCAUAUGGGAAGAGAAAAAGCAAGUGGGAGUCUCGCUGUCUCUGGCUUUUCGCCUUUUGAAUUAAAUGAACACAACUGAUUACUGCAUUGCUAAAAGCUGGCAGCUCAGCCCUGGGCCGCUACAACAUAGACGAUGAAGUUCUGUGAAGGCGGGAAAGCGAUGCCGUGUUCAGCAGUCGCUCCUCUGUGGGUUGCAUGGCAGCACUUAAGGACCCCUUCCUACCCUCGAGUGGUGGCUGCAGGACAAAACUGCACAGAGUGUGAACACCGGGGAGUCUGUACCCCUCCCAGGCAUCGCUCUCUUCCCCAAAACAGCACCUUCCGGCAGUGUCUUCCUUCAGGAGGGAAGUGUGUAUCACGUGCACAGGAUGCACUGUGUACAUGUGUUGCCUGGGCUACUGGAAGUUCGCCCAGUUUCACAUGUCCAUCACGGACCACCAGUGUGUCAAACGUGCAGCCAAAAUAACUGGAAAACCUCCCACAGCAUCAACAAAGAAAAUGGCUACAAGCGGUUUUUGAUGUAUAGCUUCUUCCCACCCCAAAGAAGAAACGUUAACACCGAGUGAGCAGUGUUGUUUGUUUGUUUUGACAGGCAGAAUGCACAGUGAGAGACAGAGAGAAAGGUCUUCCUUCCGUUGGUUCACCCCACAAUGGCCGCCGGCCAGUGUUGUUUCUUUCUUUCUUUCUUUCUUUAUUUUUUUGACAGGCAGAGUGGACAGUGAGAGAGAGAGAGACAGAGAGAAAGGUCUUCCUUUUUCUGUUGGUUCACCCUGCAAUGGCCGCCAUCCAGUGUUGUUUCUUAAAAGCUGAGUAGGCCCGGCCGCACCUCACUAGGCUAAUCCUCCGCUUGUGGCGCCAGCACCCUGGAUUCUAGUCCCGGUCGGGGCGCCGGAUUCUGUCCCGGUUGCCCCUCUUCCAGUCCAGCUCUCUGCUGUGGCCUGGGAAGGCAGUGGAGGAUGGCCCAAGUGCUUGGGCCCUGCACCCCAUGUGAGACCAGGAGAAGCACCUGGCUCCUGGCUUCGGAUCAGCGCGGUGCGCCGGCCGAAGUGGCCAUUUGCAGGGUGAACCAACAGAAAGGAAGACCUUUCUCCCUGUCUCUCUCAUUGUCUAACUCUACCUGUAAAAAAAAAAAAAAAAAAAAAGCUGAGUGAAAAUUUCUUGGGUCCGGUGCUGUGGCAUGUCAGAUAAAGCCACUGCUUACAGUGUCAGCAUUUCAUAUGGGCGCCAGUUCGAGUCUCAGCUGCUCCUCUUCCAAUCCAGCUCUCUGCUAUGGCCUGGGAAGGCAGUGGAGGAUGGCCCAACUCCUUGGGCCCCUGCACCUGCAUGGAAGACCUAGAAGAAGCUCCUGCCUCCUGGCUUUGGAUCAGCACAGCUCUGGCCAUUGCAGCCAUUUGGGGAGUGAACCAGUGGAUGGAUGACCUCUCUUUCUCUCUGCCUCUCCUUCUCUCUGUGUGUAACUGAUUUUCAAAUAAAUAAAUAAAUCUUUUAAAAUGUCUUUAUCAUAUUUUCACACGCUCAGUGCUUGCUAGAAGGAAGGUAAGUUGGUACAACUUCUUUGAGAACAACUUGGCAAUAGCUAUCAAAUCAUCAGUGUGCAUCGCUCUGAUGCAGUAACUCGCCCCAGCCAGCAAUUUUUCACCCACCCAUCACAUCUGUGCAAAAUAACACCUGCACAUAAUCACUCUACAUUCAGUGCUGUUCAUGGUGGCGAAGUAUUGGAGAACUGCCUGGGUGAUGCUGGUGCUUACACACAGUGGUGAUGCCAGAGUAGGAGAGCUGUUUGUGCGCUGUUAGCGAACAAUGCUAAGUAUUUUGCGGAGUUCUUUAAAGGCAAGACAUGGGAUGGCUAUUAGUAUGCAAAAAUGGGGUUGGAUAACACAGAUGACACUUGUGUAUACAACGUCUCUGCAAGAUCAGGUCAGAAACCAGUGCAAUGGGAGAGGAGGGAGAUGGAGAGAGGAGAGAGACAGGUGACAGACGCACCGGUUCACUCCCCAAACGCCCACAAGAGCCAGGGCUGGACUGGGGCCCAGGCUGGGAGCUGGGAAUUAAAUCUAGGUCUUCCACGUAAACAGAAAGACCGCAGACACGCGAGCCGUUACCACUGCCUCCCAGCUGUGUCCUGGCAGGAAGCGGCCAUCAGAGUGGAGCCCAGACUUGAGCUCGUGUGCCUUUUGUUUGUUUAAUUUGUCUAAUGAUAUUUUUAAAAUCUUGGUACUGACCAUAAGUCUGAGACUAACAUGAUGUGAUCAUUCUCUGAUAGUUGGCCAAUUUCCUUUCUUUAGGGAAAAAAUAUUAUCUUCUUCAUUAUGUAAAUGAUAUAGAACUACCUAA